AUGCAUUUUUUGACGACCUUGCUUUCUUGGAGAUCUGUGUUUGGAGGUGGUAAGCUACGAGCUCUGAUCUUCAAUGGUGAGAACUAUGAGUUCUGGAGCAUAAGAAUGAAAACUAUUUUCAAAUCUCAUGGGUUAUGGGAACUUGUUGAGAAAGGGAUAGAGAGCUCAGAUUCUAAGGGAGCCGAUGAAUCUGAUGCGAAGAAGAAAGAAAAAGAGGAAUCUAGUGGUGCUAGGAAGAUGAUUCUCAUUGAGAUCCUGAUGAAAGAUGCUAAGGCUUUGGGGCUGAUUCAGGGAGCGGUUUCUGAUGAGAUCUUCCCUAGGAUUUCUCAUGAAGAAUCGUCUCAAGGGGCUUGGAAUAUUCUGAAGCAGGAAUUUCAUGGUGAUAAGUAG